GUAAACGAGAAAGCACGGGAGUUGUUUGAUGAAUUGAAACAAAAUGGAUUUCAUAAAUGGUGUUGUAAAAAUCAUGUGAUGAUGAGUGAAAAUUACACUUAACCUGUCAAUAUGAAUUCUUUUAGGAAAUGGCUGUAUAAGCCAAAAAAAACAGACAACACACUACUGGCACAGUUUUAUUUUGCUGAUGAGGAGUUGAAUAUAGUGGCUGCAGAGCUUGACAGUUUUGAUGGACGUAAAGAUCCUGAACGCUGCACUAUGCUUGUGAACCAGCUGCGGGUAUGUCAAGAUAGGGUACUUACUGUUAUACAGAAGAUAAUGGACGAUGCUAUUCCUGGGCAACGAGCUAAUCGUGAUUUUCGUGUAAAAUUUCCUGAUGAUGUACUUCAGGAUAGCUUGGCUGGACAACUUUGGUUUGGAGCAGAGUGUCUUGCAGCAGGUUCGAGCAUCUUAAACCGAGAGGUAGAAAGUGCAAGCAUGAGGCCACUGGCUCGGGCAUUAACUAAAAACCUGGAAAGUUUACGUGGUGUACUCAGAGACCAGUGUCUACGUAGCUGUACAGAAUACACAGAACGAAUUAAAGAAGCUUUGGUGAUUUUUGACAAAUUGUUUGCAGAAUUUGAAUUGAGUUAUGUGAGUGCUAUGGUUCCUGUGAAGACAAUGAAGGAGUAUGACCUCCUGCAAGAAGUUACUGUCCUCUUCUCAGAAACAGUGCAGAGGGCAUUAAAGGAGUCACUGCUGACACAAGACAUGAUCGAUUACUGUGAUCCUGCUUUAAUGUUCACCAUUCCAAGAUUAGCUAUUGUCUGUGGAUUGCUCAUUUACCCUGAAGGACCGUUAAAUCCCGACAUGGAACCGUCUAAUAUGACAGAGAUGUAUAGGCCUUUCCAAACAUUGCUUCAUAAAAUCAGGUACUUUUUAGAAGUUUGAAAAUAAAAAGUUUCA